AUUUCCCAUAUGGACCUCAGAACCCCCUCCUUUUAGGAGAAAAUGCUAUGUGCAACAUCACCUCAAAUGAUGCCAUAGUGACUGCUGAGUUGGAUCUGUAAAGCAGGGAAAUCAUUCAAGAUAAGGCAUCAUGAUCCUGAAGGACACUGACUCAGAGAAUGUGAAUGGAUCAGCCAUGGAAGUGAAGCCAGCAACCCAGUCUUUGGAGGAUGAAGGCAUCAAGAAACUACCAGCCAAGGCAAAAUCAUCAUCUUGCAAAGGGCUGAAGGCUUUCCUGGCUGCCCUUUCAUUUACCUACUUCAGCAAAGUAUUUUCUGGGGCUAUGAUGAAAAGUUCUUUCACACAAAUGGAAAGAAGAUUUGGUAUCUCUUCCUCUACAGCUGGCUUCAUGAAUGGAGGCUUUGAAUUGGGGAAUUUGUUGGUGAUUUCGUUUGUGAGUUACUUUGGGGCGAAAUUUCAUCGGCCAAGGGUGAUUGCUCUUGGUUGUUUCAUCAUGUCCCUUGGGAGCUUUUUGACAGCAAUGCCUCACUUCUUCAUGGGAUAUUAUAAAUAUGAGACGUUAUCACGUGCAUCUGAAAACUCAACAUUCAACAUCUCUCCCUGCCUACUAAACCAAACAGUUCGAGGAUUAGAAGGGAUACCAGGGUUGGGCUGUGACAAGGAAGUUACAUCUUAUGCAUGGAUUUAUGUCUUGAUGGGGAAUCUUCUACGUGGGAUAGGUGAAACACCAAUAACUCCACUGGGCAUCUCUUACCUUGACGAUUUCUCUAGAGAAGAAGAUACUCCUCUUUAUAUUGGUUGUUUGCACACAAUAGCAAUGAUUGGCCCAAUGGCUGGUUUCCUUUUGGGAUCUUUGUUAGCCAAACUGUACGUGGACAUUGGCUUUGUGGACCUAGAUACGGUAACUAUAACUCCAACUGAUUCCCGUUGGGUUGGGGCAUGGUGGCUGGGCUUUUUGAUCGCCAGCGUCACCAAUCUGAUUUCGGGCAUCCCUUUCUGCUUUCUGCCUAAAAGUCUGGACAAAGAAGGAGAGAAUGCUCCUGUCAAGAAAAAACUGUGUGCCCAGAAAAUGAAUGGUGAUGAAAGCCAAAUACAGAAGUCUGAAAGUCAACUAGAAGUGGGGUUCACACCAAAACGGAAAGGUUUCAUUAAGUCGCUGAAGACAGUAUUGGGUAACCGAAUGUACUGCACAUUAUUGGGUGUGUCGUUGCUCCAGUUUAGCAGCUUUAUUGGUUAUUUCACAUACACCCCAAAAUACAUAGAGCAGCAAUAUGGUCAGCCAGCAUCCAAGUCUAACUUUGUCGUAGCUGUAACAUCCUUACCAACUGUUGGCCUUGGUAUGUUCCUAGGAGGGCUCAUCAUGAAAAAGUACAAACUCAGCAUAAUUGCUGCAACAAAAAUGGCAUUUACGCUGUCAUUUCUGGCAUGCCUCAUUUCACUUCUCUACUUAGCAGUGGGUUGUGAAAACCGCACAGUGGCUGGAUUAACGGUAUCCUACGAUGGGCAUCCGGUUGAACAGGGCACAACUCCUUUAUCUGCAGCCUGCAACUUGAAUUGCAACUGUGCCACCAACCAGUGGGAUCCUGUCUGUGGAGACAAUGGGAUCACAUAUGUAUCAGCCUGUUUCGCCGGAUGCAAAGAUAUGACGGGAUCCAGGAAAGAAACAGUUUUUCAUAAUUGUAGCUGCAUUGGAAAGGUGGAUUCUCUGAUGAAGAAUUCCUCAGCAGUUUUGGGAGAAUGUCAAAAGAGUGACUACUGCUCGAGAAAUUUUAUUUAUCACACAGCAAUAAAAACAGCAGGUUCCCUUUUCUUUGCACUGGGAAUGACUCCUUUUUACGUGAUCAUGAUUCGAUGCGUACAUCAAGAACUGAAGUCUCUUGCAGUUGGUCUCUAUAUGCUUAUUAUGAGAGCUUUGGCUGGAAUCCCAGCCCCUGUUUAUUUUGGAGCCGUGAUAGACAGAGCUUGCUUGAAGUGGGCAAGCAGCAGUUGUGGCAAACGAGGAGCAUGCAUGCUUUAUGAUACUACAGCAUACAGAUAUUAUUUCUUUGGUCUAGUAUUUGGCUUAAGAGUUCCAUCCUAUCUGCUGUGUUUAGUUUUUUUCUUGCUGGCAAAGAAACAUUUUGGAGUAAAAGAGGCUGAUGCCACUGAAACCGGGAGCAAAGAAGAUGCUCCUUUGAAUGGGGAAGCAGAGCCUAGUGGCACCAAACAUACGGCCGGCCUUUCAGAUGCAGAAGUGGACACCUAUAUCUAGCAAAAAUUAACCAUCAUACUGUACGUGGGCAAUUGUGUGCAGGUCCUGAAGGCAUCUGGACUGCCAAAGAUUAAACUGACAACAACUCAGUGUAUUAUUUAAUAGCAUUUUUGUCAUUACUUUUUAAUACUUCAUAAUAACCUCAAAUAGGAAUAAUCACACAUUGCCCAAAAUUUGGAGAGAGGUGUAUGUGUGACAGAAUGUGUAUAUAAGACGGCCCUGAUGGAUCAAAUCAAUGUCCUGUUAAGCAUUCUGUUGUCACAAUGGCCAUCCAGAUGCCUAUGGGAAGCCUACAAAGCGGAACAGGAGGACAAGAGCUAUUUAGAGCUAUAUGGAACAAGAAAAUAUAGAAACGACAGAGUGGCUGCAUUCAGACAGCAGUUUAUUCCAUUUCCCCAAUCUUUCUUUACCUGUUAAAUUUUGCAUUUUAUGUGAUCUUUCACAUGAUGUAAAAACUACUUCUGGAAAUCUAACAGACUUUUCCCCUGCUCAUUUCCAUGUUAAUUGUUUCCAGAGGAAAAAACCUGUUUGCAACCCUGUUAACCUUGAAAAUCAUUGGAGUUUGCCAUUUUAUUUUUUCUGUGGUUUUCUUGGGAUCACGCCACCAUAGCUCAUGUAAUGAAAUUUGGGAUGGUAUUGCAGCAAACAGAAGCAUGCCUGUGCAUACAGGGUGGAGUGAUACUUACAUGUCCAAUGAAGCUCACUGUGAUAUCACACCACAUCCACGGGUGUGAAUGAAAUUUAACGCAACAUGGCAGUAUAUUGAUGAAAAAAACACAGUGUCAUAAUGCAACAGGCACUGCAGUGUGAAAAGAAGGUUGGAAAUCAAGACAGAAGCACUAGCAUUGUAAUCAGGGAGAAGAAUGCAAUCAAUCCCACCUCUGAAUGCAGCCAGUGACACAGUGCUUUGGGGGGGACUCUGAUCCAACUCAGGGUGGCAGUAUUUGAUUCAUGCUUCAACUCUGAAGGAUAAAAAGACCCCCAAAUCACCCUUAUUUGCCUCAUCUUUGGACCCCAUAAAAAGCCAAUGCACACCCCUAUAAUAUAGUACCUUGAGCUCCUCAGAGGAAAGGUGGGGUGUUAAUGCAAUAAACAAAGAAACAAAGAUAAGAAGCAGCAGGCCUGGGGCCUUCCAGCAGGUGAGGGUAGGUCCUUUGCUGGUGUGUAAGUUGCAGGUAUGAAAGGGUGCCAAACUCUGAUGCUAUCCCUGCUGUAGGGGAUAGAGGUGGUAUGUGGGCAAUGGCACUGGUGCUAACCAAUAGGACCUACCUCACCUGGCUUUUCCCUGACAUAUUGGAAGCUUGCAGAACCAUGUCCUCCCUCCCCCAACCCACAGUGAUAUGCGUGUUUUAAGAACACCAAAGCUACAUUCAGCCCCAUCACUCAUCAAACCCAGGUGUAUUAAUAGUCAUAGGACCUGUCAAUCGCUAUCCUUCACUUUGGGUCAGACUUAAAUGGGAAUAAAAGUCAUUGUUUCUCCUUGGGAAUCCUAGGAAUGGUCUUAGUGUUGCAAGGGGAGUUUUAGAUUUCUAAUUGGCAAUUCUAAGCCCUUCUAAGGACUAGAAUACCCAGGAUUUGAGGAGGGAGCUGUGACUGUUAAAGUGAUAUACUGUAAAACCAAUACAACUAUCUUUAGUCUUAUUGUCUUUGCAUUCUACUACUGUUUUUGGGGGUGGGGGGAAUCCUUAUAUUCUUUGGGUUGCUACUGAAGAAUGGUUGGCUAGCAACUGAAUGAAUGAAUAAAUGUUCUCUUAGGCUGUU